AACGAGUUACGUUAGUAGUUCAAUCUCGGAGUGCCUCUCGGGGAUGACACGUCGUCGUUGCUCGCGGGACUACAUUUUUUCUGCUCGUCGCGGGCCUCGGGAGUAGGGUGGAUGUAUUAAAUACAGAGUGAAACAGGUCCGGCCGCUCGCCCCCCUAGUUGUACGCAUCAGCCAGGCCGACUUCCACCAUGAAGAUCAGCAGCAGCAGGACUCUCGUUCUUGCCUCGCUUGUGGGAUCUGCUCUGGCAGGCAGGAUCUACACCCUGGACGAGUGCGUUCGUGGUGAAGGCUUCUACGACUCCUUCAAUUUCGAGAACAUUACUGACCCCACCCACGGCCGUGUGACGUAUGUCAACCGAACAACGGCGGAGAGACUCAACUUGACUUAUGCCACGGAUGACACCUUUAUCUUGCGCGCAGAUGACACUACGGUUUUGGGUGUCAAUGACACAGGCCGGAAUUCGGUUAGGAUUCGGUCUAAUCGUCGGCACCGUGAACAUGUUGUUGUCUUUGACAUACAGCACAUGCCCGAAGGAUGCGGAACAUGGCCCGCUAUCUGGGAAACAAAAGAGACUGGUUGGCCUGCCGGUGGUGAAAUCGAUAUCCUCGAGGGUGCAAACAAUGUGGUGCCCAAUCAGUCGACGCUUCACACUAGUCACAAUUGCUCCAUGCCAAAUACCACUCUCCAGUCAGGAACCUUUGCCACAACCAACUGCGACGCUUCAGUCGCUUACAAUGUUGGGUGUGGUGUGAAGCACACUCAAGAUAACAGCAGUUUUGGUCCAGGAUUCAACAACAUCGGCGGAGGAUGGUAUGCUAUGGAACGUACACUUCACUAUAUCAAGGUUUGGUUCUGGGAGAGACACGACCCAUUUGUUCCCUUGGACGUUAGUAGCGGUGCAUGGAUCAUCGAUACUGACAGCUGGGGCAUUCCUGCCGCCAACUUCCCUAACAACACCGAGUGUGACAUCCAGUCUCACUUUCAAGGCCAAAACAUCAUCAUUAAUCUGUCAUUCUGCGGCGACUGGGCAGGUAACCCGGCUCUCUACAAUGCUUCUGGAUGUCCUUUAGACUGCGUGACUUACGUCAACAACAACCCUACUGCAUUCACAAACGCCUACUUCGAGAUUUCGUCCAUGAACGUCUACAAAUAGAUGUCGCAGGAUAGCGUGUGUUGCUUUCAUUCUCCCGUUCGGUACUAUCAUCAGGCCAGAAGGUCAAAAAUAAUCAUUGUCGCUUGUGCAGAUUAUAUAGCACAUAUAUUACAUACCACCAUUUGCUCCGUGAUUCUGCGGAUUGAUAGGAGGAGCGUAUUGCUCCCUGAAAUCAAUGCAGGUA